CCUGUCUUCAUCCACCGAGUUCUUACCGAGAUGACGGAGCAUCAGUACCAACAAUUCCGAAAGAACGGCAUCAUUGAGAAAGUCUGUGUCAGAAUUGCUUCCACUUUUGCAAGCAAUGCCAGCUCAUCUUGCUAUGUGAGUUUGCAAGACAUUCAAGACGUGUUUCCAGAUGCACAACGAUUCAAGUUGGAUGACCUUCCUAUUCCGUUUCUUAUCGACUCUAAUGGCAACAGAAUCGAGCCUCUACGCAUUGCAUUCUAUCCAUACAAGAUCCUGGAUGUCGUUACAGAAGUGUCGCGGCCCAGCAACAGCAACAGCAACGCUGUCAUCCGUUUACCUACAUUGAGAAGCUCCGCAAACCUAGCCGCUCAAGAGCCUCUUUUGCCAUUAUCAAAUUCGAUUCAGUCUUUCAACUCUUUGCUUACUACUCGCGACAAUGCGCAAAUCGAGGAGACCAACUCUAACCUUGAAAAGGUGGCAGAGCUGCUAUUGGGAGCCAAAGAGAAGGAUGACAAAAUGAAUAAUCUGAUGGCGGAAAUCAGAGAGAAGGACGACAAGAUGAGCCAUCUACUGUCAGAAAUCAAAGAGAAGGAUGACAAGGUGAAUAAUCUAAUACUGGAAGCUAAAGAGAAGGAUAUUGAGAUGCUUAAGCUGCGAGACAAGAUGCUCCAGCUGCAAGAAAAGGUACAUAAUCUGCAAGACAGGGUACUUGAACCGCAAUUGGAAGCCAAGGAGAGGGGUGAGAGAAUGCAACGUCAAGACCGCGACAGGCUUUCUCUCAUUCAAAAUCAUGCUCAUGCUAUCCUUGCCCAGAGGUUCGAGCUUUACGAUUGUCCAAUUCCCCAACUCUUUAUAAUUCUGCCUGCCGACUGCACUAGAUGGGACCCAAUCAAUGUGUUGAAGAACAAGGUCCGCCUUCAUUUCCUGUGCGAAGGUACAACGGAGAGCCCAAUCCAUAUCGGAUAUGAGGGAUAUGAAAUCCGCAACAGCACGAGGUUCUUUCAAAAGUAUGGAGAGCACAUAUUCAUUCUCCUACAGUGGCUCAAGUUGAGACAAUCUUCGUCUGCUGGUAUCGAUUGUUCAAUCGAGUAUAUGGAAACGCUCUCUAGAACACACCUGGCCUUGAGCAACAUCAGCAAAAUCGAUGGCUAUGAAGGACUCAAAGGAUCUGAACUUCAAGAGCUAAACUCAUUCCUUCGAAUCAAUGAUGAUAGUAAUCCUGCCAUUAUGCACAGGACCACAACCGAAACAGUUGAUUUAAAAUGGGUUUGUAAAAACCACAUUUUUAGGAAUGGGCAAUGGAUGCUUAGAGAUGCGGUGAAUAAGAAUGGUGGCGAACUCGACUCUAAGAUUGGUAGAGUGAUUAUCGCAUUGAAAUCCAGAGACCGAGCUAAGGAAUUCUUCAAUGGGCUACGGCCUGUUUACGAGUUGGAUAUCACAUUCGGCUGGGAUUGGACGGUGACCGAUCUUGAAGUAUUUGAGAAUGCCCUAAAAGCAUCAAAUGUAUCAAUCCUUCGACUUAGACUUGGACGAUCUCAAGAAUACGUCGCCACAGAGCCAACUUCAAUAUUCAAGCGAUAUGAGAUACUCGUUCGCAUCAUAGAACUCAGCAACAUGAGAACGAUUCAUAUUGCUCUAUCUCUGGGCCUCAUAAAACUCUCCGGUUUACGACAUAGAGAAUCAUCACACCUUCACAAGUUAUCCUUUGAGAUGAACGCUCAACGGGUUGAUGCCAAUGGACUACAAUUAAUUGUAAAUUCACUCAAGGCUAGCACAGCUUUGACUAUUUUGGACUUGAAGGGGAGUUCAAUGGGGGUUGAAGGAGCUGUGGCACUAUCAGAGUCGCUCAAGGUUAACACUGUUUUAGCCACUUUGAACUUGGGAGGAAACUCAAUUGGGGAUGAGGGAGCUGUGGCACUAUCAGAGGCACUCAAGAUUAACACUGCUUUGGCCAUUUUAGAUCUGAGUGACAACUCAAUUCGGAAGGAAGGAGCCAUAGCACUGUCAGAGGCACUCAAGAUUAACAUGACUUUGAUUAAUUUGGACUUGUUCCGCAACUCUAUUGGGAAGGAAGGAGCUGCGGCCCUGUCAAAGGUGCUCAUGGUUAAUACAGCUUUGACCACUUUAGAAUUGGGGAAUAGUUCGAUUGAGGAUGAAGGAGUUGUGGCGUUAUCAGAGGCUCUCAAGGUUAACUCAACUUUGACCACUUUGGGCUUAUGGGGUAACUCAAUUGGGAAUGAAGGAGCCGUUGCACUGUCAGAGGCACUCAAGCUUAACACUGCUUUAACCACUUUGGGCAUAUGGGAUAACUCAAUAGGAGAUGAAGGAGCUGUGUCACUAUCAGAGGCACUCAAGGUGAACACAGCCUUGACGACUUUGCAUAUGCAGCGUAAUUCAAUUGGGAAAAAAGGAGUUGUGGUAUUGUCAGAGGCACUCAAGAUUAAUACUACUUUGACCACUUUGGACAUAGGGGGGAGCCCCAUUGGAGUUGGAAGCCUGGUAUUAUCAGAGGCGCUCAAGACUAACGCGGCUUUGACCCUUUAUAAAUGAGGAUGCCUUGAUCGAUAACCAAGGGGCCUUGGUACUAUUAGAGAGGCUGAAUAUGGGCUGACCUAUUUUUCGGUUCAAGGAAUAUCGCUUGGUUUAAAAACCACCCAUAAAACUACUCCAAUUUUUUAUUUUUAUUUUGAAUCAGGGUUUACCAGACCACUACUAGUUCACUGGUGAAAUUCACGGAACCCUGCAAAUUGAACCCAUCCUUGUAAAUGUUGUCAAAUUGUUUUAUUAUUGCUUACUUCCGAAUGGC